CUGAGCAGCCUCCCCAAGCCAGCCCUCACCAUCAUCUGGUCAGCGCACGGCCCUAGACCCUCUGCUGCUGCCAGGCAGCAGUGGUCACGGUGUGGCGCUGAUGCUCGAGCGUAAAGCCGAAGCGGACGCUCUCGGUCACAAGUCCGCCAUGAUGAAUGGCACUGCUGGCGACAGGAAGGCCACCUUCGCCCGAGACCUGGCAGCCCUCAACUCCCAGUUUGCUGCCUGGGUGGCGGAGCAGAGCAGGGCUGCUCCCAAAGAGCUCUGGACUGAUGGCGUGGAGGAUUACCUGCAGUACGCCAAGCAGCUUCUGGCCGACUUCAAGGAUGUACUGGAGGACAGCGGCAAGCCAGCGGCGGCGGCGGGCGGCACCGGCGCAGGCGUCUUUGGGUUCGGGGCGUCCGCACCAGCAGCCGGCGCACCAGCAGCUGGCAGCAGCAAGCCGCCGCUGGCCCCCGGCGGCCUGUUUGGCGGCAGCAGCACUGGCGGGGCAGCAGCCCCCGCCUCAAUCUUUGGCGCCCUGCCCUCCACCGGCGGCGCCUUUGCCCUGGGCGGCAGCGCGCCCGCCUUUGGCGGCUUUGGCAGCGGCGCUGGCAGCGCGGCCAACAGCGGCGGCAGCGGCCUGUUUGCUGUGCCCAGCACCGGCACGCUGGGCAGCAGCCUCAACACGGGGGCGGCGGCGGCGGAGGAGGAUGAGGAGGGGGACGAGGGGGAGCAGGAUGCGGAGCCCUCGGUCCAGCUGGAGGCUGCAGAGGGGACCGAGAUGCUGGCCAAGCAUCGGGUGAAGCUGAUGAGCAUGCAGAACAACAAGUGGACGGACAGGGGGCUGGGCACGCUGACGCUGCGGCGCUCCACCGGGGACGACGCCGCCAGCAAGCGACCCUACUUUGUGUACACCACAGACUCGGGUCGAGUGCUGAUCAACGCGCCGCUGGUGCCAAACCUGAAGCCCACCAUCAACCCCAAGACCCCCGCCAACAUUGUCAUGCUCCUCUUCUCUACUGUGGACGGCGUGGAGGACCGCGGCAUGCACGUGUUCAGGUGUGAGAGCGCUGACGUGGCCAAGCAGCUGCUGAAAACCAUCACAGAGCUCGCUUGAAUGACCGACGGCGAUGCUGCAAGCAGCCGCCCCACCAGCAGAGCCACGGUGGUCCGAUGUACCAUUCUUGAGCUGUCUGCUGCUGCAUGCAAAUUGUGAUGCGGCCUAACAAGUGCAAGUGGAUGGGUGGAU